CCCCAGUGUGGUGCUAUGGAGCAGCCCCUGCUAGGCGGGCCCCCCCCCGGUGCCCGGUGCGGGGCUCCCCCCGGUGCCCGGUGCGGGGCUCCCCCCGGUGGCCGCUGGUGGUACCGCGCGCUGCGGUCCUGGCUGCCCGUCCUCUCGUGGCUGCCGCGCUACUCGCUGAGCGCGCUCCGCAUGGACGUGGUGGCCGGCCUCACGGUGGGGCUCACCACCGUGCCGCAGGCCCUGGCCUACGCUGAGGUGGCCGGGCUGCCUGUGCAGUACGGCCUGUACUCCGCCUUCAUGGGCGGCUUCAUCUACCCCCUCUUGGGCACCUCCAAGGACCUGACCCUGGGCCCCACCGCCAUCAUGUCCCUGCUCUGCGCCUCGGUGGUGGGGGGGCGGCCGGGGCGCGCGGUGCUGCUCAGCCUGCUCUGCGGCGCCGUGCAGACUGCCCUGGGGGUGCUGCGGCUGGGGUUCCUUCUGGACUUCGUGUCCUACCCGGUGAUAAAGGGCUUCACCUGUGCUGCUGCAGUGACCAUCGGGUUCGGUCAGAUAAAGAACCUCCUGGGGCUCCACGGAGUCCCCCAGACCUUCUACCUGGAGGUGUACUACACCUUCUACCGGCUCCCUGAGGCCCGGCUCGGCGACGCCCUGCUGGGGCUGCUCUGUCUGGCUCUGCUCCUCACACUGCAGUGGAUGAAGAGCAGCCUGGGCCCCCAGACCCAGGAGGGCCCCCGGAACCAGGAGGGCCCACGGACCCAGGAGGGCCCCCGGACCCAGGAGGGCCCCCGGACCCAGGGGGGCCCCCGGACCCAGGAGGGCCCCUGGAACCAGGGGGGCCCCCAGACCCAGGAGGGCCCCCAGACCCAGGAGGGCCCCCGGAACCAGGAGGGCCCACGGACCCAGGAGGCCCCCCGGACCCAGGAGGCCCCCCGGACCCAGGGGGGCCCACGGACCCAGGAGGGCCCCCAGAACCAGGAGGGCCCCCGGUACCAGGGGGGCCCACGGACCCAGGAGGGCCCACGGACCCAGGAGGGCCCCCGGUACCAGGGGGGCCCCCAGACCCAGGAGGGCCCCCGGGGGAGCAGAGCGGCCAGGAGAUUUGUGUGUGGAGCCGCCACUGUGCGGAACGCCGUGGUGGUGCUCGGCGCGUCCGGCCUCGCCGCCGCCUGUCUCACCUCCGGGUUUCCUGUCUUCACCGUCACCGGGAAAACCGCCCAGGGCCUCCCGGCGUUCCGCCCACCGGCGACCUCCGAGACCAGCGCCAACGGAACGGUGGUCUCCUUCCUGGAGAUCGUGGAGGGGUUUGGUGGCAGCCUCGCUGUCAUUCCCUUGAUGGGGGUUCUUGAAAGCAUCGCAAUCGCCAAAGCCUUUGCGAGUCAGAACGACUACCGUGUGGACGCCAACCAGGAGCUGCUGGCCAUCGGCCUCACCAACAUCAUGGGCUCCUUCGUCUCGGCCUACCCCGUCACCGGCAGCUUUGGGAGGACAGCGGUCAACUCCCAGAGCGGUGUGUGCACUCCGGCCGGGGGCAUCAUGAACAGUGCCGUCGUGAUGCUGUCCCUGGCCUUCCUCAUGCCCGCCUUCUGCUACAUCCCUAAAGCGUCUCUGGCGGCGGUCAUCAUCUGUGCGGUGGCGCCGAUGGUCGACUACGGCGUGGUGGUGGAGCUGUGGCGCGUCCGAAAGCUGGACCUGCUGCCCUUCUCCCUCACCUUCCUGCUCAGCUUCUGGGAGGUGCAGUACGGGCUCCUGGGGGGGGUGGCGCUGUCUGGAGCCAUGCUGCUGCACCACGCUGCCCGGCCCCCCCUGAAGGUGACUGACCACGGUGUGCUGCUGGUAGAGCUGGGCAGUGGCCUCAGCUUCCCGGCCUCGGAACACCUCAGCCACGUCCUCCACACCCAUGCCCUGCUUGCGUCCCCGUCCCGCUCCGUGGUGCUGGACUUCCUCCAUGUCAGCUCCAUCGACUCCACGGUGCUCAGCGAGCUGCGAGCCCUUCUGAGGCUCUUCAGGCUGCGGGGGGCGGGACUGCUCCUCUCUCGGGUGCAGCCCUCUGUCCUGGACGUCCUUCUGGCCGCUGACCUGCCAGGUCUGAGGCUCACGGACGACCUGUCGGCCGCCCUUCAGGGGCACAUUGAUGAACUCAGCUGGACAGGUGCGCAAGGUUGCUAGUUCGAUCCCCGGAGUGUGGAGGUGUUCCUGAGCGAGACGCCCCACCCUGACUGCUCCUGACCAGCUGGCCGUCGCCCUGCGUGGCUGACUCCGCCGUCGGUGUGUGAAUGUGCGCAGGAAUGGUUGUAAGUCGCUUUGGAUAAAAGUGUCAGCAAAAUCACCUUAAUGUAAAUGAUGACCUCAUCACGACAGGUGCACUUUGAUGACCUCAUCACGACAGGUGCACUUUGAUGACCUCCUCACGACAGGUGCCUUUUAAUGACCUCAUCACGACAGAUGGAUUUUGAUGACCUCAUCACGACAGGUGCUUUUGACGACCUCAUCUCGUUCUUCUGUUCCUCCAUCUCCUUUAAAGCCCUCCACUCAAACACCCUGAAGGGUUCUUCUGUUCCUCCAUCUCCUUUAAAGCCCUCCACUCAAACACCCUGAAGGGUUCUUCUGUUCCUCCAUCUCCUUUAAAGCCCUCCACUCAAACACCCUGAAGGGUUCUUCUGUUCCUCCAUCUCCUUUAAAGCCCUCCACUCAAACACCCUGAAGGGUUCUUCUGUUCCUCCAUCUCCUUUAAAGCCCUCCACUCAAACACCCUGAAGGGUUCUUCUGUUCCUCCAUCUCCUUUAAAGCCCUCCACUCAAACACCCUGAAGGGUUCUUCUGUUCCUCCAUCUCCUUUAAAGCCCUCCACUCAAACACCCUGAAGGGUUCUUCUGUUCCUCCAUCUCCUUUAAAGCCCUCCACUCAAACACCCUGAAGGGUUCUUCUGUUCCUCCAUCUCCUUUAAAGCCCUCCACUCAAACACCCUGAAGGGUUCUUCUGUUCCUCCAUCUCCUUUAAAGCCCUCUACUCAAACACCCUGAAGGGUUCUUCUGUUCCUCCAUCUCCUUUAAAGCCCUCCACUCAAACACCCUGAAGGGUUCUUCUGUUCCUCCAUCUCCUUUAAAGCCCUCCACUCAAACACCCUGAAGGGUUCUUCUGUUCCUCCAUCUCCUUUAAAGCCCUCCACUCAAACACCCUGAAGGGUUCUUCUGUUCCUCCAUCUCCUUUAAAGCCCUCCACUCAAACACCCUGAAGGGUUCUUCUGUUCCUCCAUCUCCUUUAAAGCCCUCUACUCAAACACCUCAUUUUUGGACCAAAUGGUUUUUUAUACAUUCUUAAUAAUGAUUUUGAAAUGCUUUUGUUAAAUAUUUUACAAUUAUAACUGUAUCAAAAUUCAAUUAUUUGAUAUUUUUAUUGUCACACGAAAUGGAAAUCUCGGAAAUGACUUGAAACUCUGUUUCAAAAGGGAUCUAAUUGUUAUAUAAUAAAUGAAAUAAUGGCACAAAUUAACACAAGUGAAAUAAUGUUUUUUUUUAAACAUAACUUGCAGAAUGUUGUCGAUUGGAAAAUGUUAUGUACGCAAUGUUUUCUUGACAAAUUAGUUUGUGACUUGACAGUUUUGUGUUUCCAUUGUGUCAAAUGUUCUGUUAAAUCAAUCCGGACGAGAGACUUGAUGGCACAGAAACAAUAGUAGCUUUAAACUUUUUGAUAUUAUUAAAUGCAUUUUAUGUACGACUGUCAAA